AUUCUGUCCCCUUCUCAUUCUUCUCCACUCCCACACUUUCCAUCUUCUUCAUAAAAGGACAGACCUUUCUGUUUCUCUGCAUCACCACUAACCCACCCAAAUGAAGGUUUCUUCCAUUGAUGACUCUGAGUUUUCCUGUAAUAGAAUUGGAUCCACUCCCACCGCCGACACCCACUUCACUGUCAUGAAAACGUCUCUCUUCUUCGCCGGCGACGGCUUCACUGUCUAUGACUGCGAAGGCAAGCUCGUCUUUCGAGUCGAUUCCUAUGGCCCUGAUGCUCGUUACAGGGAUGAACUAGUUCUCAUGGACCCUCAUGGUCGUUGCCUCUUCACUGUCCGCCGCAAGAGACCGAGUUUGCAUCAACGGUGGGAAGGGUAUCUUCGGGAGAGGAUCAACGGGCAGAAACCGGUUUUUGGAGUGCGACGGUCGUCGAUCAUCGGACCGUCGAGUUUGACGGUGGAGAUGUAUGGAAAUCCCGGUAAGGAGUAUCAGAUCGAGGGGUCAUUUGGGCAGCGUUUAUGCACAGUUUUGAAUGUGAAGAAAGAGGCGGUGGCUAAGAUUAGAAGGAAAGUUGAUGCUUCGACUAAUGUCGUGCUUGGAAAAGAUGUCUUUUCCCUUUCUGUAAAGCCUGGUUUUGAUGGGGCUUUUGCUAUGGCUUUGGUGCUUAUUCUUGAUCAGAUAAGCGGUGAUGAAGGGAUUGGUGGCGAACCAGAUCGGACCCUAGUUUGAUUUUGAGGGCUUGUUUAUUUGAUCGAGCCAUUGGCUCCUCUACUUUUAAUGCCGUUGUUUAUAGUUUUUUUGGAUGGUGAUGAAUGUGUACAUUUAACCAUUUAUAGCCUGAAAUGGAAAUAAUGGAAUUUGAAUAUCAUCA